GACCCUGCCCCCAGCCUCCGCCCCCGGCCCGGGCCCGGGCCCCACUUGGCGAUCGGGCAGGAAGAGCGCGCUGCCACUCCGGAGCCGCUGCCGCCGUCACAGCCACGGAGCUGCCCGGUCAGGCUCGGCUCAGCUGGGGCGGACACCGGGAGCUUGGGACGCCACCGGCCGCAGAUCUGAAGGGGGAAAAGUUGGAAGCACAUUUAUAUACAACCAGAAGGCAGUUUUCUAGAUUGAUUCAACUUUAAGGCAUUGCCAUGGUUGACACAGAGAUGCCAUUUUGGCCCACCAACUUUGGGAUCAGCUCCAUGGAUCUGUCUGUCAUGGAUGACCACUCUCACUCCUUUGACAUCAAACCCUUCACCACUGUUGACUUCUCCAGCAUUUCCACCCCACAUUAUGAAGACAUUCCAUUCACCAGGGCUGACCCAAUGGUUCCUGACUACAAGUAUGACCUGAAACUCCAAGAGUGCCCAAGUGCUAUCAAAGUGGAACCUCCAUCCCCUCCUUAUUAUUCAGAAAAAAGUCAGCUCUACAAUAAGCCUCAUGAAGAAUCCUCUAACUCCCUUAUGGCCAUCGAAUGCCGAGUCUGUGGGGAUAAAGCUUCUGGGUUCCACUACGGAGUACAUGCUUGUGAAGGCUGCAAGGGUUUCUUCCGGAGGACAAUCCGCUUGAAACUGAUCUAUGAUCGGUGUGACCUUAACUGUCGGAUCCAUAAGAAGAGUAGAAAUAAAUGUCAGUACUGCAGGUUUCAGAAGUGCCUUGCUGUGGGGAUGUCCCAUAAUGCGAUCAGGUUUGGGCGGAUGCCACAGGCCGAGAAGGAGAAGCUGUUGGCUGAGAUCUCCAGUGAUAUCGACCAGCUGAACCCAGAGUCUGCUGAUCUCCGGGCCCUGGCAAAACAUCUGUAUGACUCAUACAUAAAGUCCUUCCCUCUGACCAAAGCCAAAGCGAGGGCGAUCUUGACAGGAAAGACGACAGACAAAUCACCAUUUGUUAUUUAUGACAUGAAUUCCUUAAUGAUGGGAGAAGACAAGAUUAAAUUUAAGCACACGCCCCUGCAGGAACAAAGCAAAGAAGUGGCCAUCCGCAUUUUCCAGGGGUGUCAAUUCCGCUCCGUGGAGUCUGUCCAGGAGAUCACAGAGUAUGCCAAGAACAUUCCAGGUUUCGUCAACCUUGACUUGAAUGACCAAGUGACCCUCUUGAAGUAUGGUGUCCAUGAGAUCAUCUACACUAUGCUGGCCUCCUUGAUGAAUAAAGAUGGGGUUCUCAUAUCCGAGGGCCAAGGAUUCAUGACGAGGGAGUUUCUGAAGAGCCUGAGAAAACCCUUUGGUGACUUUAUGGAACCCAAGUUUGAGUUUGCUAUAAAGUUCAAUGCACUGGAAUUAGAUGAUAGUGACCUAGCAAUAUUUAUAGCCGUCAUCAUCCUCAGUGGAGACCGCCCUGGUUUGCUGAACGUAAAGCCCAUUGAGGACAUCCAGGAUAAUUUGCUGCAGGCCUUGGAGCUCCAGCUCAAGCUGAACCACCCUGAAUCUUCCCAGCUGUUCGCCAAGUUGCUUCAGAAAAUGACAGACCUCAGACAGAUUGUAACAGAGCACGUGCAGCUGUUGCAGGUCAUCAAGAAAGAGACGGACAUGAGUCUUCACCCACUCCUACAAGAGAUCUACAAGGACUUGUAUUAGCACAGGAGUCCUAACCCACUGACAGCGUGUUCUUUCUUCCAAUUGCACUAUUUCGUUGAGGGAAAACAUGACAUGCCUAAGAAAUUACUGUGAAAAAAAAAGCAUUUUAAAAAGGAAAGAGCUUUAGAAUAAUAAGAUCUAUUUUAUGCAUAUUGUUUUUAAAAGACACAUUUACAAUUUACUUUUAAUAUUAAAAAGUGACUAUAUCAUGAAAUUGCUGGCAGUAUUUGGAGAAUGAGUCUGGUGUUCAGGGGUUGUGUCUUGUUUUUGUUUUUCUUCUAGCCUCUCUUUUUUUCACAUUGUUUUUUAACUGUGGAUGGCACUGCCCAUAAACCUUCAUCUUAAAAUAAAUUAAUUUCUUUGACUCCAUCUACAGGAACCAUUCUAAAACAUGGUUAUCAUGUAUUCCCAAAGACUCCUGGGGAUUCCACUGUAGCCCUCUCAGAGUUUGUAUUCCUCAAUCUGGAUUGGAUAUGAAAUCAGGAGUAGGCUCUGUCCCAGGAUGGUUGACUUUAUUAAGAAGCCAGCCUUUUCCCAUGACCCUGUACCUAGUUUCCAACACUACCAGAUACACCUAUAUAUGCAGCCUGUGCAUAUAUUUAUAAAUGUGCUCCAUGAUCCUAGAUCUGGAGCUAAGGGAGAUCACAGAGGACAACUAGUUCAACCUUCCUAUUUCAUGGAUAAGGACACCGAGGCAGAUAAAAGUGAGUUGCCCAAGGUCACAUAGGGAAAUGUAUAUCACAGGCAGGAUUUGAACUCAGCCCAUUUACCUGCGGGUCCAGUGCUAUUUUGACUGUACCAUGUUGCCUCCCUCUCUGUCAAGUAUUUAUUAAUACACCCAACACUGUGCUAGGCACUGUAGUACAACUGAAUGACAUAGUCCCUGCCCUUAAGGUUAGAGUCCCCUUGAAAAGGCAAAGUCAACAUUCAUGCAUACAUUCAACAAGCCUUUACUAAGCACCAGCUAUUCACCAGGUACCGUGCCAGGUACAGAGAAUACAAAGAGAAGAACUGAAACUCCCUGUUCCAAAGACCUUACAUUCCACAAGGGGAAACAAAAUGGACCCAGAUAAGUCACUACAAAAUAUAAGUCAUUUCCAAAGGAGAGAAAACUAACAAUUGGGGAGGUUGGGAAAGGCAUUGGGUAGGAGAUGGGUGUUAAGCUGAAUAUUAAAAGAUGCUAGAGAUUCUAAGAGGCUGGGGUAAGGAAUGGAUUCAUUCUAGGCAAGAGGGACAGCCUUUUCAAAGGGAUAGGAAAUAGAAUGUUAUAUACAAUAGAUGAUUUUAGCUAGAAUGUAUCCUGCAUGCAAGGAGAUGAAGCAAAGACAGGCUGGAGCUAGAUUUUAAACAGAACAAUUAGUGGUUUGUCCUAGAGAUGACAAAGAGUCACUGAAGCUUCUCUAGCAGAGAGAUGAUUUGAUUUGACCUGUGCCUUAGGAAUAUUAAUUUGAUGGCUAUAGGAAAGAUAGAUUGGAAAGAGGAAAGACUGGAGGCAGAGAGACCAAUUAGUAGGCUAGUGAAAGAGUCUUAAGUAAAGGGGAGUGAGGGUCCAGUUAGAGAGAUGAUAGUGUGGAUGAAGACAAGGGAACAGAUAUGAGACCUGUUUGAGGAGGCCAAAUCAACAAGACUUGGAAACUGAUUAAAUGUAGGGUAGGAUAGAGAGAAGAGUUGGGAAAAUUCUGAGAUUACAAAUUGCAGUGAGUGCAAGGAUGGGGGUACUCUCAAUAGUCAUAGACCAGUUAGGAAGAAGGGAGUGGGUUAGAAGGGAAAGAUGAUAGUAAGUUCUAUUUUAGACGUGUUGAAUUUCAGAUGCCUGUGGGACAUAUUUGAAACAGCUAGAGAAUAUAAGGUAAUGUGCAAUUAAAGGCCAAGUAAGUGGUACAAGCCAUAAGUAUAAGAUGAAUCCAGAAGAGGGAGGGAUCAGUGAGAACUGGAGUCUCAAAAGGCUAUUGAAGUAGAUUAGAGUUAAGUUAGACCUAGGACAUAGGUUCUUAACCUUUUUUUUUUAGUGGUGGGGGAGGCAUGGACCCCUUUGGUAG